GUCACAACUAUCGUAUCGGAGUGCGUGGGUGCAGUCUGGCAAGGCCUAUUGCAAAAUAAGGACUGGUCACACUUAUAACAUACAACAAGCGGGUAUGUUUUUUUGCUAAACCGGAACAAUGGCGCUUGUGGAUCACGACUCCUGGGACAUCGAAUAUGAGGGAUGCGAGCGGUUGCGCCACCAGCUGCUGGUGCACCUGAACCAGCGCCAGCAGCUCAAUCGGUUUAAUCGGACGAGCAAGUACGACCAACUGACGGCCAGUAUUGAGUCCGGUCUGGAGCAGUUGUCCAAGGACAUGAAGCACCUGAAGGUUGUCCUAGACAACGCCAUCACCUGGGAGACGAGCCCGGAGGAGGAGCUGCAGCAGCGGCGUAUCGACUGGGACCGACUCACCUCGCAGCUGCGCGAGAUCCGCGAGAAGUUUACUAACAGCUCGCGAUCCAAUGUGGUGGCCGCCGCCUCCGGAUCCGUUUGGCAGGAUCAGGACCUCGUCUCCGGUCCGGGCAGUUCUUCGCGGGAUACGGCCUUGGACGUGGAAGCCCUGAAGCAGCGGAAGAUCGAGAUGUUGGAGCAACAGAACCAAGGACUCGAGGUUUUAUCAGCCACAUUGUCCAGGCAGCGCCAACUGGCCACGCAACUGGGCAACGAGACAUCCUGGACAACUUGGCCAACGCCAUGGACCGCGUGGAGACGGGUGUGCAACGGGAAACCCAGAGCAUUGGGCAGGUUAACCGGAGGGAUAGCACCUGGGGCUACUGGCUGGUUAUUACCGCCUUGUUCGUCGCCAUUAUCGUGGUGGUCUUGGUCUAGGCCGCCAACUAUUCCAACUGUUAUACGUCAUUGCUUUAUAUUAUGACCUUUGUGAAAUGUCUGUCUGUCGUUAACCCAAAGUUUAAUUAUUUAUACACCAAUUAAAGUAGGAUUUAUAAGUAUCUA